UUUACAGUUAUGUUAAAAUAAUAAUUCAUAAGUAAUAUUAUACUAAAAAAUUCUACAGCAGUAGACAUUAGCUCUUAUAGUAAUAAUAUUAGUACCAUAUAGUAUAAAAACUGUAUCAUACAGCCCAACAAAUAUAAUUAUAACUUUCAACUGAAAUUAUUUUAAUACAUUGAAAUCUUAAUAAUGGCUCAUCAUUUUAAAGAAGAUGAUAUUGAUGAGUUCAGAGAAUGUUUUUAUUUGUUCGCCCGAGAAGGUACAAUCAAUAAAUUAGAAGAGCUUAGCAUAAUUAUGCGAUCUUUAGGGAUGAGCCCAACAAUAACUGAGUUAAAGAAAUAUUUCUCAGAAAAUAAUGGAAAAUUACAUUUUCCAGAGUUUUUGAAAGUAAUGCAUAACCACUGUCGUGUAGAAAAACUACCUGAUGAAAUUUUAGCAGCAUUUAAAGCUAAUGAUCGCCAGCAUAGUGGAACUAUACAUAGUAAACAUCUGAAACAUUUGCUGCAAGGAUGGGGAGAAAAUUUAAAUAGCAAAGAAGUUGAACAAAUUUUUCGGGAAGCCAAUGUUUAUCCAAAUGGUAAAGUGAACUAUGAUGAAUUUGUAAAAAUUGCUUGUGCACCGAUUCCUGAUUAUUACUGAUAAUCAGUUAUAACUAUUUAAUUAAUACUCAAAUAUGCUCUACUAUGUUAUAGAGUAAUUAAAAAUAUUUGGUGGUUAUUAGGUAUUUAUCUUAUUAUUUGUUAUUAAUAAAGUAUUAUGCACUGAAUUUUGGGUUACAAGCAAUAACACGGUACUUUAUAUUUAAUAUAUAUAUUUAUAUUUUGUGAUCAACAAUUAGUUUAAAAAAGAUUAAAGUUUAAUGUAUAAGUCAUGUUUCAGUACAUUGAUUAUAGAGACUAAAAAAAUUAUGAAAACUUUUUGUAUCAGAGUAAAAUUAAUAAUUUAAAAAAGUUCUUUAUUACUCUUUAGUCCUUUCACGACAAGCCUUAAUUUUUGUUUUAAUAUGUUUUAAUAUGUUUUACAACUAGCACACACAAUUGUGUAUAUAAAUCUAUACUAUCUUUAGUCCUGCCUGAUUAAUUGAUUUUAGUAAUUGGUAUUAACGAACCUACACAAAUGUGUGGUUGGUUUUUUAAAAUUGUAUGAUUUUAUAUUCGUUUUUAAUUAGACACACGCUAACCUACACAAAUGUGUGUGUUCGUCGUGAAAGGGUUAUAUUAGGAUUAGAGAAUUUAUUUUUCAUUAAAAUAAUUGUUUCAGUAAGUUAUUAACUAGUAACCUAUUCAAGCAUUAUCUUGUACCAUUAUGUGCAAGAUGUAUACUCAAUAUAAUACAGUUUUCAUAGUUUCGUAUACAUUUCAUUAUUUAUUGUUAAAAU